AUGUCAGCAUCUAAGAUUUCAUUUUUCAAAAUGAAAGACUUGAUACUGAUCCUGUGCCUCCUGGAAAUGAGUUUUGCAGUGCCGAUGUUUCCUCAGCAACCUGGGGCACCAGGCAUGGCACCUGGCAUGGCUAGUUUGAGCCUUGAGACAAUGAGGCAGUUGGGAAGUCUCCAGGGAUUGAAUGCACUUUCUCAGUUUUCUAGAUUUGGCUUUGGGAAAUCACUUAAUUCUUUGUGGUUGCAUGGUCUCCUUCCACCACAUUCCUCUCUCCCGUGGCUAAGACCAACAGAACAUGAAACUCAACAGUAUGAAUAUUCUUUGCCUGUGCAUCCCCCACCUCUCCCAUCACAGCCAUCCCUGCAGCCUCAACAGUCAGGACUGAAACCUUUCCUCCAGCCCACUGCUGCAACCGCUAUCCAGGCAACAGCCCAGAAGGGUGGUCCUCAACCUCCAAUGCAUCCAAGACAGCUGCCCCUGCAGGAUGGAGAACCGCCAGCAACUGAGCAAGAGGUGGCACCAACAGAGAAACCACCAACAUCUAAGCUCCUGGUAAUGGAUUUUGCUGGUCCACAGGUUCCAUCAUUGUUCCAUAUAGCCCGUGUGAUAUCUCGGGGACCACUGCCACAAAACAAACCAUCUGCACUUUAUCCAGGAAUGUUUUACACAUCUUAUGGAACAAAUCAACUGAAUGCUCCUACCAGACUUGGCAUGAUGAGUUCAGAAGAAAUGGAAGGAGGAAGAGGAGGCCCCAUGGGCUAUGGAGCCAUGUUCCCAGGAUUUGGAGGCCUGAGGCACAGCCUUAGGAGAAUGUCUCCCAAUCCAGCCAUGGGUGGAGAUUUUACUCUGGAAUUUGACUCCCCAGCGGGAACAAAAGGUCCUGAGAAGGGAGAAGGAGAGGCACAAGCCUCCCCCAUGCAGGAGGCCAACCCAGCCAAUCCAAAAAACCCAGCACUCCUUUCACAGAUAGCACCUGGUGCUCAUGCAGGACUCCUUGCUUUCCCUAACGACAACAUUCCCAACCUGGCAAGGGGCCCUGCAAGGCAGAGAAAGGGACCCCUCGGGGUCACUCCAUCAGCUGCUGACCCACUGAUGACCCCUGAAUUAGCUGAGGUUUAUGAAACCUAUGGUGCUGAUGUUACCACACCCCUGGAUACAGGAGAAGCAACCAUGGAUACCACAAUGACCCCAGACACUCAGCAAACAUCAAUGCCAGGAAACAAAGUCCACCAACCCCAGAUGGUACAUGAUGCAUGGCGUUUCCACGAGCCCUGA